CCCUACAGAUAAACUCUUGGUCCACCAAAACCUUUUUGUGAUUAUUUUCUUUACUUCCCCAAGUAUCCGUACCUAUCGCACACGCCCAUCCCCCUCGUCUACGAUAGCUACGAGGUUCCGAUGGCGUCGUCCACGAGGGCCUUAAGUAGGCUUACUGGUCCGGCCAGACAGCUGUCUGUGCAUUCAAAUGCGCCGGCCCUGAGCUUUAGUACGACGUCAUGCCCACGAAAGUUAACCUCUUCUACCGUUAUCGCAAGGACACGAACAAGAGCGAUAGUUGUACCUCGCCAAUUCAUAAGAUCUUAUGCCGACGCAGCUCCCGUUAAGAAGCCGCGCAGGAUUCGUACUACAAUUAAAUGGUUAUGGCGCUUCACCUACUUGUCCCUCCUUGCCGGCGUUGGUGCUGUUAUCUAUGAUGGUUACUUAGAUCGUAAUCCGGAAGAGCAAUUCGCUCCUGAUCCUGAAAAGAAGACAUUGGUUAUCCUUGGUACCGGUUGGGGUUCAGUCGCUUUACUCAAGAAAUUAGAUACUGCCAAUUACAAUGUCGUCGUUAUCUCACCUCGAAACUACUUCCUCUUUACCCCUCUAUUGCCCUCGUGUACCACCGGAAACAUCGAACAUCGAUCCAUUAUGGAACCUGUGCGCCAGAUCUUACGUCACAAGAAAGCUGCUGUGAAGUUUUACGAAGCCGAAGCUACCCACAUUGAUGUUGAUAAGAAGGUUGUCAAGAUCACGGAUAACAGUGACAUCAAAGGAAAAGUGCACGAAACCGAAGUUCCGUACGAUAUGCUCGUUAUUGGCGUAGGUGCCGAGAACGCUACUUUCGGUAUUCCUGGUGUCCGCGAACACAGCUGCUUCUUAAAGGAGAUCCGAGAUGCCCAAGCUAUUCGUACCAAGAUCAUGGAUUGUGUUGAAACCGCUGCUUUCAAGGACCAGGAAGCGGAGGAGGUUGACCGUCUGCUUCACAUGGUAGUCGUCGGUGGUGGUCCUACCGGUGUUGAGUUCGCUGGAGAGUUGCGAGAUUUCUUCGAUGAGGAUAUCCAGAAGCUUAUCCCCGAGAUCGCUCCCCGCUUCAAGGUGACUCUUAUCGAGGCUCUACCCAAUGUUUUACCCAUGUUCAGCAAGCAACUCAUUGACUACACUGAGAGUACCUUCAAGGAGGAAGACAUUACCAUCAUGACUAAGACCAUGGUUAAAAAGGUGACCGAUAGGACGGUCGAAGCCGAAGUUACGGGACCCGAUGGAAAGAAGUCUACGAUUACUAUCCCCUACGGUCUUCUCGUAUGGGCUACUGGAAACACUGUGCGUCCUGUGGUCAGAGAUCUCUUAUCGCAAAUUCCCGCUCAGAAGGACUCGAGGCGAGGUCUUGCCGUUAACGAAUACCUAGUCGUCCAAGGAGCCAGGGAUAUCUGGGCUGUUGGUGAUUGCGCCGUUGCCGGAUACGCCCCAACUGCCCAGGUCGCUUCCCAAGAAGGUGCCUUCUUAGCUAGACUAUUUAACAACAUGGCCAAGACCGAAGCCUUGGAACAGCAAGUCCAUGAUCUUAGCGCCAGCUUAAAUCUCAAGCCUGGCGACACCGCUGCCAAGACACAGGAAAUUGAAAGCAUCGAGAAGCAGCUACGCCGUAUUAAGGAUGUCAAGCCUUUCCACUACUCUCACCAAGGUAGUUUGGCCUACAUUGGCAGCGAAAAGGCUGUCGCUGAUGUUGCCUGGUUGAACGGAAACGUCGCUACUGGCGGCAAGCUCACCUAUCUCUUCUGGAGGAGUGCCUAUCUGAGCAUGUGCUUCAGCACUCGCAACCGUGUCCUCGUCGCUCUUGACUGGGUCAAGGCUAAGGUUUACGGACGGGAUGUUUCCCGAGAGUAAAUGCCUCUAUUAGAUAAUAUCUAAUUUUACUAGACGAUUUUCACCUAUUUAGGUUAAAAAUCGCUGGUUAGAUUGGAGGCAACUGGAUUUGUUUGUUUAUCGUAUACAUCCAUGACCCCAUUGACCGUUUAUAUUUUGUCUUCACGGAGUUUCGGAGAGAGGGCAGUGCCAGGCACGAUAUUACAAGAACGGAUACGAAAGAA